CAACUGAAAUCCCGGCAUCCUGCAGACCGGCUGGUCGCCGCAGUGUUGCGUAGCCCUCGGCCGCCACUAGGGGGCAGCGAUCGCACUUCGGCUGAACAGACAAGACUGGGAGAUGGCAAACGGAACCGGUGAAGAGAACGCAAGAUGAUUUAGAAAGAGGGACGAGAGGAGAGCUCGCCAAAGGAUGCGUGCCUCACGAAGACACCUGUGUGUGGUGCUUAUGGCCGCGGUGCCUCUGGCGUGCUUCUUCCUCUUCACGUGGUCCAUGAAGCCCUACAGCGUGGUCAACAUCCACUACAGGACUAGGGGGAACCCAGAGCCCGGAGUACACAUCUCGUCCCAGAAGUACGCGCACAUCCCGAUCCAGCCGAAGAGUGACGUCAUGAGGCUGCUCUCUCACAAUUCUUGCCAGUGUGUACGGGAGGAGAACGUCCUUAACCUGCCGUUUUCUGCCAAGCUCUUCUCCCAAGUGAAUGUAGCCACCUUCCAGAAUGCCUAUAAUGCCAGCGAGCUGGAGGAGGUGAAGAGGAGGCGCGCCCAGGAGUACCAUAGCUUUCUGCAGAGGCACCAGUCAGCGGCCGAUCAGUUACUCAUUGCAAAGGCCAACAGCCCCCUGGAAUACCCAACACAAGGUGUGGAGGUGCGACCCCUGAAGACAAUCCUCAUUCCAGGUCUCAGCUUACAGGCCCCCCCGAAAGAGAUUUACUGGGUGAACCUCACAGCAACCCUGGGCACCUUCAGUGUGGCUGCCGAGGUUGAGGAAGUGAAGGUCGCUGGUGACAGACAGAUGCACCUUACCUUGUCCAGUCCUCGUCUGUCUCACCUUAACCGCCAGCUGGAGUUUGUCACCUACACCAACACUCUGUUUCACCCACACACAGCUGACACAGUGCAGUUUGGGACAGACGGACACCAGGCGUCUUUCACCAUCAAGAUCCACCAUGCGGUGGUGCCAAAGCUUUAUGACACCGGAUCGGAGGAUGGGUAUAACAUUAGCAAUUUGGUCACCAUCGCCACCAAGACCUUCCUGCGCUAUGACAAACUCCGCACCCUGAUUGACAGCAUCCGGCGCUUCUACCCGACGGUCACCAUUGUCAUCGCGGAUGACAGCGAGCAGCCCGAGAGGGUCCAGGGGCCGUACAUCGAGCAGUACUUCAUGCCCUUUGGCAAGGGUUGGUUCGCCGGACGCAAUCUGGCCAUCUCUCAGGUGACCACCAAGUAUGUCCUCUGGGUCGACGACGACUUCAUCUUCAGUGGCAACACGCGGGUGGAGAAGCUGGUGGACGUGCUGGAGAAGACCACCCUGGACCUGGUAGGGGGCGCCGUGAGGGAGAUCACGGGAUACACCACCACAUACCGGCAGCAGAUCGGCGUGGAGGCAGGCGGUGAGGCUGGUGACUGUCUACACAUUCGCCGCGGCUACCACCACGUCAUCGAUGGAUUCCCCAACUGCGUCGUCACGGAUGGCGUCAUCAACUUCUUCUUGGCCCGGACUGAGAAGCUGCAGCAGGUGGGCUUUGACCCACGACUGGCCAGGGUUGCCCAUCUAGAGUUCUUCAUCGAUGGCCUUGGGAUGCUCCACGUGGGCUCGUGUGACGACGUCAUUGUGAACCACGCUUCCAAGAUCAAGCUCCCAUGGACGCGGACAGACAGCGAGAAGACGUACGCCAAGUUCCGUUACCCCAAGAGUUUCCAUGACUCGGCCCGCGUGAAGGAGACCCUCUUUUACUUCAAGAACCGCUUCAAGUGCAUGACGAGCAAUUAGCUGAAGUCCAGGGCCGCGGCUCCUGAUUGCCAGGGAGUGCCUUCUUAAGUGCCAGUGGCUCUUUCUAUGCCUUUGUGUCCCAUUGGACUUGCUUCUCCAGCCAGCCAGUGCCAUCACCCCAUCAUCCUCCUGGGGGUUCUGAGAGGCCAACGCCAGCCUGAUAUGUUUAGACGGCGGGCACACCAAGGUGAGGAAUGUGACUACCUGGCCAGCCUCCCACAUGUGCCAAAGCAGUUAAAGGUCCCUGACUUUUAGUUUUGAACUUCUCCAAGCCAGUGGACGAACGGGCAGGAGGGAGAGGACAAUCGAGAGGAGGCGUAAAAUGGUGGGGAAGGAGAGAAGAUGGAGGAAAAGAGAAGUGGACAAAGAGAUGGACACAGUGGGUUAAGAAACCGUGCCUCUGCUCUGUGUCUCUUACCUCAAGCUGAAGCCCCCCAUUAUCACAUUGGCAGCAGCUGUAGCACCCCCUUUCAAAGUCGAUGGCCAGGAGGCCAGUUCCCCUACCCUGUGAGGUGACACAGGGGACAUGGCAAAGACAACAGGGAGUGUAGGAAGGGGCAGUGCAGAGCUGCAGUGUGGAUUGAUGACCAGCAGAGGGCAGACGAUCUCGACACGCUAGUCCUGCUCUGCUACAUGAGACACUUGAAUGAUGGAGACGGCCAUUUCAUUAAUUUAUUUAUUAUAUUCAUCAAUUCGUGUGCAAACAGAAAUGCAUAUCCUUCCACACGGAGGCGCCAUUGAGGCACUUUUAUGUCUCUUGAAUGUAAAUCUGGACUCUUUCUGGGAUGCGGUGAUUGUUUCAAAGUUCCCUCGGUUUUGUUUGUUUGCAAAGUGGCCUUAGGUGAAGUGUCACUUGGGGGUUGAGGCGAGACACUGGAAAUUCGGAGCCCCCGAGUGACCAUCUAAAUGCUGCCUAAGUAAGGAGGGCACAGUUCCGCGUGGGACAUUAGGGUGUCUUGGGGAGGGGGGAUUUUAUUUUUAGUACUGCAUUGCAGCCAACCGUGAGCAAGAGCCAUUCACCUUCACUGGCCACUCUUGGUCUCUGGUGCAGACCACUCUUUCUAGGGGGAUUUAGGGGCUUGUAACAUCUAAAUAGCGACUAGGGGGGACUAUAACAAGUAUAUAGGGGCAUAGACAUUUCUGAAUGAACACCAGGGGGAUUCAGAGAAGCCUGUAGGAGCAUGCAUUACUUCUAAAAAAUCAUAUAAGGACAAAGACACCUCCGAAUGACCGCAAAGGGGAUUGUGAAAAGUCUUUAGUGGACAGCAUACCUCUAGAUGACCAAUCUUUCCUUUUUUCCAGCAGUGCUGCCCAUCUCUUAGGUUACCCGCAUCUCCCAUCUUCGAAGCCGCGCUUCACUCGGAACACAAAGAAACCGGACAGCACUGAACCCUACUGACGAAAGCCAUCCCCUAGUGGGAAUUACAUGAUGUGGACACUAGGGGGAGACAAAGCGCAAGCCUUCAAAUAGCCAUCCUGGAGCACGUGACCCGACUGUGCCACCAGAAAGGGGUUUUAGAAUUUGAGAAAGCUGUCAUCUUCAGAGCCGCUCAUCCAAAGAUUUUUUGAAUCCCAGUGAAAUUGCUGGCAGCCUGCAGCUUUUUUUUUAUUCCAGUAGGGGGAGACAGAUGACCACUUAAGAGACAGCAGGUCCUGACGUCAGCUGCAUGAUUGCCUGCCAUUUAAAAUUCAGGUUUAGUGUUGCAUGCACGGAGUAGAAGGGAUGGUAGAAGUCUGGGAAAUGCCAGGGAUACAGAACUUGUCACUGAAACCUGGAUGAGCCUCUAGGGGGCACCCUUGGACUUUUGGGUAACCAAUAACUGCUUGUAAAGGUUAAAAGAAAAGUCUGAGUUAAAACACUUGAGGGCAUAUAGGAGGUAUGGGAGUUUGGGCAGUGGCAUGGCCACUAGGGGGCCUCAGAGGGACAUCCACAUACCUCUGCGUUAGCACAACAGGACCUGUGAAAAGCCUUUAGGGACAUGUGGACCUCUAAAUGGCCACUAGGGGAAUUCGGAAAUUUUAGUAGGCGCACACACCUCUACAUUGCUACCUUGAGCAUGGGAAAGGCGCUAUAUAAAUAAAAUGUAUUAUUAUUAUUAUUAUUAUUAUUACAUAACCACAAGGAGGAUUAUGAUGACAUACACACCUCUGAGUGACCAUUUGGGUCACACCAACCUCUGAGAGGCCCCUAGGGGAUAUUGAAUAGUAAAUAGGGACAUACAGCAUUCUGAAUAGCCGCUAGAGAGACUUUGAGUGACCAGUAGAGGGCAUGCAUACCUCUGAAUGACCACUAGGUGUCAUUCUGAAGUUUUUAGUUGGAGCACAGAUCUCUAAAUGGUCACUAGGGGGAUUGUGAACGGCAAAUCGGGAUAAACAUACUUCUGAAUGACCACUACAGCGAUUGUGAAAAGCCAGUAGAGAGCAGAAAUGACCACUAGGGGCAACUGUGACAAGCCUUUAGGGACAUGUAUACCUCUGAGUGGCCACUAGGGGGCUUCUGAAAACUCAGUUGUGAGAAGACAAUGAGAAGAUUCUGAAUAACAAAAAUGGAAGAAGACCCCUCUUAAUAACCAUUCCAGGGACUGUGAAAAGUCCUUAGGAACUUGUACACUUCUGGAUGGCCACUAGGGGGAUUUGGAGUUUUUAGUUGGCGCACAGAUCUCUAAAUGACCACUAGAGCGAUUGUGAAAAGCCAGUAGAGAGCAGAAAUGACCACUAGGGGCAACUGUGAAAAGCGUUUAGGGACAGUUAUAACUCUGAGUGGUCACUAGGGGGAUUCUGAAAACCCAAUUUUGAUAUACACCCCCUCUGAAUAACCAGUAGGGUCACGCAUACCCCAGAGAAGCCACUAAGAAGAUUCUGAAUGACAAAAAGUGAAGCAGACCCCUCUCAAUAACCACUCCAGGGACUGUGAAGAGUCUUUAGGGUCAUGUAUACCUCUGAAUAGCCACUAGGGGGAUUUAGAAAACCCUGUCUGGUGACAUUCACGCCUCUGAAUGACCAUUAGGGUCACCCAAACCUCAGAACUAUUGAAUAGUAAGUAGGGACAUACGUGAUUCUGAAUGGCUGCUAGAGAGACUUUGAAGGGUCAGUAGAUGGCAUGCAUACCACUGAAUGACCACUGGGGGCAAAUGUGACAAGCCUUUAGGGACAUGUAUACCUCUGAGUGGCCACUAGGGGGCUUCUGAAAAUUCAGUUGUGGUAUGCACCCCUCUGAAUAGCCAGUGGGGUCACAUAUACCCCAGAGAAGCCACUAAGAAGAUUCUGAAUAACAAAAAUUGAAGACCCCUCUUAAUAACCAUUCCAGGGACUGUGAAAAGUCCGUAGGAACUUGUACACCUCUGGAUGGCCACUAGGGGGAUUCCGAAAUUUUAGUACAAGCACAUACUUCUGAAUAACCACUAGGGGGAUUCUGAAUAGCCAGUAGGGGCCAAGCAUACCACUGAAUGGUAACUAGGAAGGACAGCGAAUUUCAAAUAGGGGCACACAACUCCAAAUCUCACCACUAGAGGGAAAAAAACUGCAGGGUGAAGUAUACCUCUGAAUAACCACUAGGGGGCACCCCUGAAUGACCACUAGCUGGAUUGUGAGAAGCCAGUAAGGUGAAUGGCCACUAGAGGGAUUCUGAACGUUCAGAAGGGGCCCAGAAACUCUCUCUCUCUCACACACACACACACACACACACCUGAGGAUGGUCGCCACGGGAAUUCUGAAUAGCCCGUGGAAAUAAAUACGCCUUCGAAUGACCACUAGGGGGAGGCAGGGACAAAGAGACCUCUAAAUGAGCAUUAGUGGAACCGAGCCCUGUUGUGGUCCCAAGUAAGGGUCCCUUCUGAAUUCUGAAAGCCUACUUGGACUGACUGAAGUAUCUGACCAGUCAUUACGGGCAUAAUGACUUUUAAAGAGCCACUUGGGGGUCAGCAUAUCAUGGAACAAACGUGUGAAAACCAUACGAGUGAUGCAGAAGUCCAAACAGACAGAAAACCAAUCUAUAACUGGUUCUGCUAUCCCGGGAAUAAAAAAAAAAAAAUAGUAGAGAUACCAGACUUUGGAUAGACAGAGCCUAACCUGGAGUGAGCAGAUUUUUGUGUAGGCAGUUAUAGUGCAGGUUUCUGCAUAUUGUAUAAGGAAAACACCGAGGAUGAAAGAUCAGCAAAUCCAAAUAGCUUCCCUACGAGUGCAGUACCCAGAAAGUCCACAAGGGGGUCACAGACAUCCUGCUUAAUGCAUUCAGCCAUUUCCAAUAGAUCUCCCAGAGCUAUGACUUACAAUAACCACUAGGGGGACCCCUAAGCCCGUGGAUUCUUGUCAGUCAGCUUUAGACUGCCGCUAGCGCGAGAUGCAGCAGCUGGGGUAGCCACUAGAGGGCACACACGUCACUUUUGAGGGGUGCAGAGCGCUCUGUUGCUUUUUAUGAGGGUCAGGGUGUUUGUGCCAACCCCGAUCAAUGCUGCAGGAACAGAGAAGCCAAAUCAAUGCAACGGGUGCCCGCAGUGACACUCCUGCACUGAACAGAGCCAAAGAAGGGCAGCCGCACUCCUCUGCGUUGGGCAGGGGUGAAGUAUGGCAACGCCCAUCAGGACGGGCUCCUCACAACACAACAGCACCAGAUGGCACCAUCUUUUGACUUUGUUUGUUUUGCCGCAGGUUCCUUUGUUGUUUGAGGUUUCAAACGCGUGUAAACCUGAUCCAGGUUGCUUACUUUUCAUUUUUUUAUAUUGAGUUCUAUUUUUGAUAAGUUUUGCUCUUGAAAAUUCAGUAAAGGUAAAUGGGCUCUCUUGCCAGGGACGCCUAUUCCCAGCAUGUGAAUGCGAUUCGAUGGGCACAAAGCAAAGGGUGAGCAGGUGUGAGCGCCCGGUGUUUCCAGAACAUUCCUCCAGAUUGUUGGCGCCCGAGGGACAGGGAGGGGGCACAGACUAGCUGCCGGGUGCUAUAGAGUGGGCACACCUGGCCUUGGCACACACCUCCUGCCAGCAUGAUGGCCCAAUCCCCCACCAUCCCGGCAUCUGACGGGACAUUCACUCACAAUGCAUGUUUUUUUUUUUUUUUAAAUCAAUGUGGCAGCUCAACUAUUUGAAUUCCUCUUGUACUUUGAAGACGCGGAUACACGAUGCCACUCUGGGCAUCUUACAGAUUUAUAAAAAGUGGCAAAUAAACAAUUUUUUAGUCAGCG